AUGAGCACUGAGGGUGUAGAUCAACAAACAAAUUCAGGAGGAGGAAUAAGGAGAAGAGUAUGUUCAUGCACGAAAGACGAUUUUCUUCCUGAAGAAUCAUUCAAAAGCUGGAGAAAUUACGCGAAUGCAUUGAUACAAACUCCAACGAGGCUAAUAGAUAGGAUCGUGACACGUUCUGAAGACGAGGAAGAGUUGGAAGCAAAGUCACGGAGCCAGAAUGAAAUGAAGAAGACACUUACAUGGUGGGAUUUGAUAUGGUUUGGAAUGGGAGCUGUUAUUGGAGCUGGAAUAUUUGUUCUUACAGGUCUUGAAGCUAAUCAAGAAGCUGGUCCUGCUGUUGUUUUAUCCUAUGUUGUGUCUGGUAUCUCUGCUUUGCUCUCUGUUUUUUGCUACACGGAGUUUGCGGUUGAGAUUCCUGUAGCAGGUGGUUCAUUUGCCUACUUAAGGGUGGAGCUAGGUGACUUUGUUGCCUUCAUUGCUGCUGGUAAUAUACUUCUUGAAUAUGUCAUUGCUGGUGCUGCUGUAGCUCGUACGUGGACUUCUUAUUUCGCGACUCUACUAAACUUCAACUCAGACAAAUUCCUCAUCAAAGUGGACAGUUUAGCAGAAGGAUACAACGAGCUAGAUCCGAUUGCUGUUGGAGUUUGCAUCAUCAUCUGUAUAAUUGCAAUUCUUAGUACAAAGGGUUCAUCUCGUCUCAAUUACAUUGCUACAAUUGUUCACAUUUUCGUGAUCUUUUUCAUCAUCAUCUGUGGCCUAAUAAAGUCUGAUACCAAGAACUACACCCCCUUUGCUCCAUUUCGUGUUCGUGGGAUUUUCAAAGCUUCUGCAGUUUUGUUCUUCGCGUAUGUUGGAUUCGAUGCUGUUUCAACUAUGGCUGAGGAAACUAAAGAUCCUGGAAGAGAUAUUCCAAUUGGACUAAUUGGUUCUAUGGUGAUCACUACUUUUCUGUACUGUUUACUAGCCAUAACUUUGUGCCUCAUGCAGCCAUAUCAGAAGAUUGAUACUAAGGCUCCAUUUUCCGUGGCGUUUAAAUCUGUUGGAUUGAAUUGGGCACAAUAUAUCGUGGCUGCAGGGGCGUUGAAAGGAAUGACAUCGGUGUUGCUGGUGGGCGCAGUUGGUCAGGCUCGUUAUCUAACUCAUAUUUCAAGAACUCACAUGAUGCCUCCUUGGUUUUCUCAAGUAAAUGCCAAGACAGGUACGCCAGUCAAUGCCACAGCUGUGAUGUCAUGUGCUACUGCAAUCAUUGCCUUAUUCACGAAACUCGAUAUUCUCUCCAAUCUCCUAUCAAUCUCCACUCUCUUCAUUUUCAUGCUCGUGGCACUUGCUCUCCUGGUUAGACGUUACUACGUUCAUGGGGAGACAACGAUUGCAAAUCGCAACAAGCUUAUCGUGUUUCUCUUGAUCAUUCUUGCAUCCUCAAUUGCCACGGCUACUUAUUGGGGACUAAGUAAAAAUGGAUGGAUUGGCUAUUGUAUUACUGUGCCAAUAUGGUUACUAGCAACAAUUGGACUUUGGUAUUUUGUUCCUCAUGCUAGAAAUCCAAAGCUUUGGGGUGUACCACUAGUACCAUGGUUACCAUCAGCUUCAAUUGCUAUUAACAUUUUUCUUUUAGGUUCAAUUGAUAAGGCUUCAUUCGUAAGGUUUGGUGCUUGGACUUGUUUUUUGUUGGUGUAUUACUUGUUUUUUGGACUUCAUGCUUCUUAUGACACAGCAAAAGAAUUUGAAAGGGGUAGAGGGUGGAAGAAUAUUGAAGACGGAAAUGGCGUAGAUAGAAAAGAUGUUCCUAGUGCAACUAUGUAA